GACGUGGGAAUGGCUCCGCGGACUGACGGGAACAGCUCCCUGGCCUCGUGGCCAGAUGCCCCCACCCUGGCGCCCAGUACUGCCAACGCGAGUGGGCUGUCAGGGGUGCCGUGGGCCGCGGCACUGGCGGGGGCGCUGUUGGCGCUGGCGGUGCUGGCCACCGUGGGAGGCAACCUGUUGGUCAUCGUGGCCAUCGCCCGGACGCCGAGGCUCCAGACCAUGACCAACGUGUUCGUGACUUCUCUGGCCGCUGCCGACCUGGUCGUGGGACUCCUGGUGGUACCGCCGGGGGCCACCUUGGCGCUGACGGGCCACUGGCCCCUGGGCGCCACGGGCUGCGAGCUGUGGACCUCGGUGGACGUGCUGUGCGUGACCGCCAGCAUCGAAACCCUGUGCGCCCUGGCGGUGGACAGAUACCUGGCCGUGACCAACCCGCUGCGCUACAGCGCGCUGGUCACCAAACGCCGCGCCCGGGCGGCCGUGGUCCUCGUGUGGGUCGUGUCCGCGGCGGUGUCCUUUGCGCCCAUCAUGAGCAAAUGGUGGCGCGUGGGGGCCGACGCCGAGGCGCAGCGUUGCCACUCCAACCCGCGCUGCUGCGCCUUCGCCGCCAACAUGACCUACACGCUGCUUUCCUCCUCCGUCUCCUUCUACCUUCCGCUGCUGGUGAUGCUCUUCGUCUACGCGCGAGUUUUCGUCGUGGCGACGCGCCAGCUGCACUUGCUGCGUCGGGAGCUGGGACGCUUCCCGCCAGAGGAGUCCCCGUCGGCGGCCUCGCGCUCUCCGUCCCCAGCCCCGGCGGGGCCGUGCGCUCCGCCCGCAGCGGUGCCCUCCGGCAGCCGCCGGCCUGCACGCCUCCUGCCUCUCACGGAACACCGGGCCCUGCGCACCUUGGGCCUCAUCAUGGGUACCUUCACUCUUUGCUGGUUGCCCUUCUUCGUGGCCAACGUGGUGCGCGCCCUGGGGGGCCCCUCCCUGGUUCCCGAUCAGGCUUUCCUGGUCCUUAACUGGCUGGGCUAUGCCAACUCUGCCUUCAACCCGCUCAUCUACUGCCGCAGCCCCGACUUUCGCUGCGUCUUCCGCCGCCUGCUGCGCCGCUGCCCGCGGGAGGAGCGCCGCGCCGCCGGCUCCCGUUCCUGGACCCCUGCGGCCCUGGCCCGCCCCUCCGAGUCCAGGCAGUGCCCCCCGCUCGACGAGGCUUCCUGGGGAAUUUCUUAG